ACUACUUGGAAAGUUGUUGCAAAGCUUGUGGGUUCUUGUAACAAUGGCUGAUUUAGGAUCCAAAACAGUUUUGAUUUUGACUUUGGGUAUCUUUUUGCUCUUUUUGGGCAAUGUCUCAGCUCAACUUUCUACUGGUUUUUACUCUUCUUCUUGUCCAAAUUUGUUGUCCACUGUCAAAUCUUCUGUUCGUUCUGCUGUCUCAAGUGAAGCUCGCAUGGGAGCUUCAAUUCUUCGCUUGUUUUUUCAUGAUUGUUUCGUCAAUGGUUGCGACGGGUCGAUUUUGUUAGAUGAUACGUCGAGCUUUACCGGAGAGAAAAGUGCUAACCCCAACAGAAACUCUGCUAGAGGCUUUGAUGUUAUUGAUAAUAUUAAAACCACUGUCGAAAAUGCUUGUCCUGGUGUUGUUUCUUGCGCUGAUAUUCUCGCUAUUGCGGCUCGUGAUUCUGUCGUUUUUCUAGGAGGGCCGAGUUGGAAUGUGAAGUUGGGAAGAAGAGACUCCACAACCGCGAGCCAAUCCCAAGCGAACAAUGACAUCCCCGGGCCAAAUUCAAGUCUAAGCCAACUCAGCUCUAGAUUUAGUGCUCUUGGACUCUCCAACACUGACUUGGUCGCUCUUUCAGGCGGGCACACGAUCGGACAAGCGCGUUGCACAACAUUUAGAAGCAGAAUAUACAGCAACAGCUCAAACAUUGAGAGUUUAUUUGCAAGAACAAGGCAAAGCAACUGCCCCAAUACCUCAGGAAGUGGAGACAAUAAUUUGGCUCCUUUGGAUUUGCAAACUCCAAACUCAUUUGACAACAACUACUUCAAGAAUCUUGUUCAAAACAAGGGCCUCUUACAAUCUGAUCAAGUUCUCUUCAAUGGCGGAUCUACAGAUUCCGUUGUUAGAAAUUACGCAAAUGCCCCUGCCCGUUUCUUAUCUGAUUUUGCUGCUGCCAUGGUCAAGAUGGGAGACAUCGCUCCUCUUACUGGCUCCAAUGGUCAAAUUAGGAAGAACUGCAGGAGGGUUAAUUAAAUUUUAAGAAAUAUUAGAAACAAUGUUGUUUUGUUAUGUUCUAGUCUUUUUUUUUAUUUUCUUUAAAGAAAAAAGAAGUUGUUUUGAAGAAGAACUUUUUGUUCAGGCUUUGAUUCUGAUUUGGGUUUUAUGUUUAUGAUCAUUAAGGAACUUUGAAUGUUGUUGGCUGUUUGUUUGUAAGUGUUGCUUUUUCAAUGAACUGUUUUUUUGUCUUCUCCAA